UGUUUACCUCAGUAAUUUUCAAAUUUUACUGCUGUGUACCCUUUUCCCAAUUUCAUUUCCUCUCGCAUUUAAUGACUGCAUGUCUGUUCUUAUUUCUUAAGCUUCGUCUGCUUUCGAGAUUCCCCACCCAAUCAGGGGUUCUGUUCUUUAUUGAGCUCUGUAACUCCACCAUCAAGCGCCAGUGCUCCAAUGUUUCUGGCCUAAAACUGAAAUCCCUAACCUUUCCUUAGCACCACUUGUGAUUUGAGUUUUCUUUCAUUUUCUUGAGCUCUCCUGGUAAAAGCUAAAUCCGUGGGAGGGAUAGAAAGGGGAAAAAAAAGAACACUCAGCUAACAGGCUGUUGCUUCCCCUGUUGUGUCUAACUAGACAUGCUUCUCUAGAUGAGCUCUUUGGUGUCUCUUCACUUGGCAUCAGUUUAUCCUUUUCUUUCCCAACUGGAUUUCAAAUGCACCUUCUGUAUUUGGGUUCCCCUACUUUUUUUCUCAGCAACCAUUAAGCACUUUUCUUUACCUUUCCUUACCCAAUUCUUGUUUUGUUUUGCUGGUUCUGUUUCCAUCUUAACUUGGUUGGUAUCACUUUUUUGCCUCGCACCCAUUUGAGCAAUCCCCUUUUAGCAUCAAACCCAGUUUUCUGAUUUUGGCAACUCAGCUGGGAUUUCUGUCUGUGUUUCUUUCUGUCUUUUGGAAGGAUGGGUUUGGUGUCUUUGUUUCUUGGGUUAGUUUCACUGUUCUCAUCGUUAACUGUGGGAAGUGGCAUAGGUGCUAACUGGGGCACACAAGCAACUCACCCUCUAAACCCUAACAUAGUAGUGAGGCUGCUGAGAGAAAAUGGGAUCCAAAAGGUUAAGCUUUUUGAUGCAGAUUAUGACACCCUUAGAGCUCUGGGGAAGUCUGGGAUUGAAGUCAUGGUUGGCAUCCCAAACGAUAUGCUUGCUCCUCUGGCUGCCAAGAUGAAGAAUGCUGAGGAAUGGGUUUCCAAGAAUGUCUCCAAGCAUAUCACCACUGAUAAUGUCAACAUCAGUUCUGGUUUCAGAUAUGUUGCAGUGGGAAACGAACCCUUUCUGCAGACAUACAACGGAACCUUUCUCAGCACCACCUUACCAGCUCUCCAGAACAUCCAAUCAGCACUCAUAAAAGCCGGGCUCAGCAACCAAGUGAAAGUCACCGUCCCUAUGAACGCCGACGUCUACGAGAGUGCAAACAGUCUCCCAUCUGGUGGCGACUUCCGUCAAGACAUCCACGAUUACAUGAUCCCCAUCGUCAAGCUAUUGAGUGAAUAUGGCUCGCCGUUCACCGUCAACAUAUACCCUUUCAUAAGCCUCUACAUCGACUCCAACUUCCCCGCCGAGUACGCUUUCUUCGACGGCAAUGCAUCGCCUGUAAACGACGGCGGAACGUACUACUACAACAUGUUGGACGCCAACCUUGACACAUUGGUCCACACCUUACAGAAGAAUGGGUUCGGCAACAUGCCAAUCAUCAUCGGAGAGAUCGGGUGGCCGACUGAUGGCGAUCGGAAUGCAAACGUCGAGUACGCCCGCCGGUUCAACCAGGGCUUCAUGUCACGUAUAGCAGGUGGGAAAGGAACUCCACUGAGGCCUGGGCCAAUUGAUGCAUAUCUAUUCAGCCUGAUCGAUGAAGAUGCCAAGAGUGUCGAUCCGGGGAACUUUGAACGUCACUGGGGGAUAUUUACGUACGAUGGACAGCCUAAGUAUCUCCUCAACCUCGGGACGACAAACGCUGGUCAGCUGAUUCCGGCGAAGGGUAUUCAGUACCAGGAGAACAAAUGGUGCGUGAUGAGACCUAAUGCGAGGCUUGAUGAUCCUAAUGUCGCGGCAAGUGUCAGCUACGCCUGUAGCCUUGCUGACUGCACGAAACUUGGUUAUGGCACUUCAUGCGGGGAGUUGGACUGGAAGGGAAACAUUUCCUAUGCGUUCAACAGUUACUUCCAGAUCCACGAUCAGCAGGACGAGGCUUGCAAGUUUCCCAAUCUGUCGACGAUCGUGAAAACAAACCCUUCACAAGGAACUUGCAAGUUUGAUAUAAUGAUCCAACCAUAUUAUGGAGGUGCUGAUGGAAGGCUACCUACACAACUGGGUUUAGUUGCUGGCUUUGCUCUGCUUUUGCUGACAUUUCUGUGAAGUUUAGAGGUUCCUGCUUUCUAGAGUACAUAUGCAGAUUAAUGGUUGUACCUAGAAGUCUAACUAGGCUGCGAAAGCUGGACGACUUUGGAGAGCUUCAUCGGAUGCUGGCUUUAGGGGCUAUAUCAUGCGAAAGGGUGAAUUGUACCUUUAGCUGCUCCUUUGUGUGGCUUUACGAGCAUGCUUUGAGCCGAGGAGGAUGCUUUGGUGCUCUACAUUUCACAUUUUGGCCCCUCAUGUCAAUCCUUCUUCAACGGGAGGAUAUCAGCUUGUCCAUGACUCUGCAGUAGUGUGGCUUAAUUGACUUGUGAAUUUGUAUUUGGCCAAGAACAAUUGCACUAAUGAUGUAACAAAAUCUACCUCGUUUGUGGUUGCAGUUAACACAAUUUCCCCGUAGAAAAGUCAUAAUGAUGAAUGCGAAGAAGACAUCUCCCUCUUUUUCUCAUGAUGAUUUCAUAGGCUGUAGAAUCUAUUGUCACCAGAAGGUAGAUGUUGCAACACACGGGAGUUCCAGUAUGGGCUAGUUUCUGCUGUUUCACAUUAUGAUCACCUUAAAAGCUUUCCCCUUGGCUAUAGUUAGUUAGGUUCCUGAAUCCAUGGUCCAACUCUAGAUUUCCUGACUUUCUGAAGAAGACUUCCAGACUACACUGUUACACCAGAAACCAGACCUGAAAGCGAUAUGCCAAAUCCUGUUGCUUCUCUUCACGCGACAAUUCACCUCCAGG